AUGGCACCCAACAAACUAGCAAUCGCCAGCAUCUCCCUAAGCCAAUAUCCAGGCCACAUCCUCGACGACAAAAUCCGCGCCGCAGCCCAAGCCGGCAUCGCGGGGAUCGAAAUAGUCUACAAUGACCUCCUCACCUACAGCCAAACCGCAAACAUCCCCAUACACACAGCAGCCCAAAGAAUCCACACUCUCUGCCAGGAAACCAACAUCCAAGUCCUCUCCUUAGCGCCCUUCGAAAACUACGAAGGUUCAACAACCCCCUUAAAAGAAAGACUUAGUCUCGCCGCGCACUGGCUCGAGAUAGCCCGUCUGCUACACGCACCUUACCUACAAGUCCCAUCAAUCUUCACAGCAGACUGCAGCCGCGACGAAAAAACUAUCAUCUCCGACCUCCAGCAACUAUCCGAUCUAGCCAGCUCUAUAAAACCAGUAGUAUCAAUCGCCUACGAGCCACUGUCAUGGGGAACGAACAUCUCAACCUGGGAAAGCGCCCUGUCAACCGUGGAGCGGGUCGACCGUCCGAAUUUCGGACUGUGUCUGGAUACGUUCCAUGAAGGGACGCGGAUGGACGCGGAGAUGAAACUACGGGAUUCGCUGAGGAGGUUUGUGCGGGAUUGUCCGCGGGAGAAGAUUUUCUAUGUGCAGCUUUCUGAUGCGGAGAGGUUUGAGACGCCUUAUUCUUUGGCGCAUCCGUGGGCUUUGGCUGGUGAGGCGAAGGAGUUUACUUGGUCUAAGCAUGCUAGGCCUUUUCCUUUGGAGGUUGAGUUUGGGGCGUAUUUGCCUGUUGUUGAGAUUGCUAGGGCUUGGAUUGUCGAGGUUGGGUUUGAGGGGUGGGUUUCUAUGGAGGUUUUUGAUCGGAGGAUGAGAGAUGGGAGGGUUAGUCCUGAGACUGCGGCUAGGCGGGCGGUUGAGUCUUGGAGGAAGGUUCAGGUUGAGAUGGAGGGUAAGCCGAGGCUUUGA